CUCUCCGAGUCCCAGGUGUUUAACGAGAUUUACCCGGUGUGGACUUACUCCUACCUGGCACUGCUGUUCCCGGUGUUCCUGGCCACAGACUACCUGCGGUACAAGCCCGUGGUCCUGCUGCAGGGCCUGAGCCUCAUCAUUACCUGGUUCAUGCUGCUGUACGCCCAGGGGCUGCGGGCCGUCCAGUUCCUCGAGUUCUUCUAUGGGAUGGGGACCGCCACCGACAUUGCCUAUUACUCCUACCUCUACAGUGUCGUCAAUGUCGACCUGUACCAGAAGGUCACCAGCUACUGCCGGAGUGCCACCCUGGUGGGCUACACGGUGGGCUCGGUGUCCGGGCAGGUCCUCGUGUCGGUGGCGGGAUGGUCCCUCUUCAGCUUGAACGUUAUCUCCUUAACUAGCAUAUCCAUUGCCUUUGGCACAGCGUGGUUCCUGCCGAUGCCACAGAAAAGCCUUUUCUUUCACCACGUCUCAAGUCAGCAGCUGAGUUGGGAAAUGAAAGUCAUGGACUGUAAAAAUGGAUCAGCUGUCCAAGAUCAUCCUAAUAUGCAAAGGGCAGCUGGCUGGGAGGAUGAGACCAAAGUUCCCCUAAAUGGAGAGGGUCAUUCGGCAGGGAAACAGGAGCAGAAAGUAGAUGUUGUAAAGGUACUUAAAGAUCUCUGGCGGGACUUCCUGGAGUGCUACUCCUCCCGGACCAUGCUCUGCUGGUCUGUGUGGUGGGCGCUGUCCACCUGUGGCUACUUCCAGGUCAUCAACUAUGCUCAGGGCCUGUGGGAGAUGGUGCUGCCUUCUCACAGCAUGGAGAUCUACAAUGGUGCCGUGGAGGCAGCCUCGACGCUGCUAGGAGCUGUUGCAGUGUUUGUUGUGGGUCACAUAAGAACAUCCUGGGCAAUGUGGGGUGAGGUGGCACUUGCCCUGUUCUCCUUUCUUAUUGCUGCUGCUGUAUAUAUCAUGGAUACUGUUCGUAACAUCUGGGUGUGCUAUGCAUCAUAUGUGGUCUUCAGAAUUAUCUACAUGCUGCUAAUCACAAUAGCAUCGUUCCAGAUCGCUACGAAUCUCAGUGUGGAGCGAUACGCCCUGGUGUUUGGGGUCAAUACUUUCAUUGCCUUAGCACUUCAGACACUGCUCACUUUGAUUGUUGUGGAUGCCAGCGGGCUUGGGUUGGACAUCUUCACCCAGUUCAUGAUUUAUGCCUCUUACUUCGCGGCCAUCUCUCUGGUGUUCUUGGGCAGUGGCAUAUACAGUAUUGUGAGAGCUUACAGAAGACCAGAGCAGAUGCAAAGCAGAUCUCCUGAAAGCCAUGCUGCUUGUGCCAUGAAGGCCUGUGCCCAAGGGACUGUCUCUGUCCACUACUUCCACCUCUUCUUUCCACCGAAGCAGGACAAUGAAUGUUUGGAGUGGGCAGUUCUUUUAUUUUCUUGUGUCCUGUCUAAGCAAUUUGGGAUUUGCCUCAUACUUCAUCACAGCUCGAUCUUCCAGCAAGGGGGUCUAAUCCUUCUCUUACAAUCACAGGGAUCU